AUGUGGAGGCAGAUGAUAACCCGUUUCGGCAUCCCGGAAGUCGUCAUUUCGGAUAAUGGGACGCAAUUCACCGACAAGAAGUUUGCAGAGUUUCUCACCGGCCUGGGGAUAAAACAGAAGUUCUCCUCGGUUGAACACCCCCAGACAAAUGGACAAGUGGAAUCCACAAAUAAAGUCAUCCUGCUAGGCCUCAAGAAGCGCUUAGAUAGCAAAAAAGGCGCAUGGGCCGAUGAUCUCGCCUCGGUCUUAUGGUCCUACCGAACAACCGAGCAAAGCUCCAUAGGGGAAACCCCCUUUUGCCUAACAUACGGGGUCGACGCGGUGAUACCUGUGGAGAUUGGCGAACCGAGCCCACGACUACUUCUGACGGGAGUAGAAGAAGCAGUGGAGAAAGACCUGGUGGACGAGGCCAGAGAGAUGGCCCACUUGUCGGAGGUGGCACUGAAACAAAGAAUAGCCCUACGUUACAAUACCAAGGUCCUCAGAAGGGAGUUUGAGGAAAGAGACCUCGUCCUGCGACGAAACUUCGUCGGGCUACCAACCCCAGGAGAAGGAAAGCUGGCGCUGACGAUUAAUGUUUACUUGUCCGUAUUCCCCUAUCUACUAUUUCCCAAUAUGUAUCCCACACCAUCGCGACCUUCAACGGCAACCCGGGACUGA